CACGCGCUCCUUACGGAAAACAUCUGUAGUUCACAGGAGGGACUUGAUUUUGGAAAAGGGAAUGACAUGACAGGUGACCCGUAGUAGCCACCACACCUGAAAUCUGGUAUCCAGUGGACUCGCUAUGAUUCAUGUUUCACAUGUGUGUUCAUGGUGUAGAAUAGAUGACAGCUGACAGCCUACUGAAGAACUGGUCGUCAUUUGCCUCGCAGAAACCGUUGCCAGUGUCCUCCGCAGGGAUUUAAAAAGACUUUUGGCAUUGGCGAUGCUUGUUUUCAAGAGUUCCAAAGAGUCUCAGAUGAGUCCAUGGUGACUCAUUCGAAUUCCUGGAGGAACUGCGUGUCGCAUCAAAGUUCAAGAGGCAUGGACGUAUUUGACCCAAAAAUGUGCCAACUUCCAAACAGGUUAUGUUGUCGCCGGAGAUGUGACCGUCUUUGAGGUCCAGAGCGUCAGAUCAUGCAAGCUUUCUGGAGAAUACCUUUGGAAUAAGCAUUUUUUUCACAACAUAGGAAGAAAAAAAUGUUGGCGCAUUACUGCAGGAAGCUGUCUUGGUGCCAGACACUCACCUUCAUCACUCUGCUGCUGCUCUCACCCCUAGGCCUCUGGGCCCAGCACUCUCCUAGGCGGCCCCUGGGUGUGUCAGGUGUGCGUGUGCGGCGGCAGCUCCAUUUCCGUAAUGAGUGGGCGGGCUGGAGCGGCUGGUCCGUGUGCUCCCGCAGCUGUGGGGGCGGAGCCUCAGUCCGCAUGCGCACCUGCAUCACCAGAAACCCAGUCGGAGGUCCAUGUGUGGGGGAGCCCCGGCAGUACAAGAUCUGCAAUGCCAAGGAGUGUCCAGUUGGGGAGAUGGACUUCAGGGAGCUGCAGUGUAAGGCCUUUGAUGACCGGCCUGUAGUAUCUGGCAACAGGUACAAGUGGACCACCUUCCACGGAGGUUCUGACCCGUGUGAGUUGAGCUGCCUGGCGAUUGGGAAUAACUUCUACUACAACUUCGGCCGUGUUCUGGACGGCACCCCGUGCCAGAGCGAGGCCGGCUCUGUGUGUGUCAACGGAAAGUGUCUGAAGCCCGGCUGUGACCUGAUCCUGGGCUCCACGCAGCAGGAGGACGCCUGCAUGGUGUGUGGAGGUCACAACUCCACCUGCCUACACCACCGCAAUGUCUAUCAGGACAAUGGACAAGAUGGGCCGUUCGGGUACAACGAGGUCACCAUGAUCCCGGCUGGCGCCACGCACAUCAGGGUGACGGACAACAGCAGGAACUAUCUGGCUCUGCAAAAUGGCCGCUCUCAGUUUGUCAUCAACGGCAACUGGAAGAUCAACACGCCAGGAGAGUACAGCGUGGCCGGCACCAAACUGCUCUACAAGCGCUCUGCUGACACCUGGGAGAGCUUUGAGGUUUCCGGGCCAACCAAGGAGGACCUACACAUUAUGGUUUUAUCCACUGACAGGAACACAGGGAUUGAGUAUGAGUACUGGCUUCCUCCCGACCGCUACGCACUGUAUCAUGGGAGACGUAGUCCACUGUGGCAGCCCCACCAUGCCGUCUACCCACCCUGGGACCAUCCAUCUCCCAGCACCACCACAACCACCACCACCACUACCACCACCACAACCAGGAGACCUCUUCCAGUCACACAGCCAUACUGGGUGGGGCGUAGAGAUGUGAAUCCACCUUACAUCCAUCAUCAGCCCUACCACCCCCCUCCACCUCCCCCUCCCCCUCGCCACAACCAGCCCCAGCGCAGACAGCCUCACGAGUACGACCGCCAUCACAACUACCUGCCUGAGGGGCCGCGGAGAGCAGGGCGUUGUGGGAAAUGUCGGAAGGUACGCGGGCGAUCCGAGAGGCAGAAGCAGUAUUGCGAGAAGGACUUUGUGUUCCGGGCCCAGGUCAUGGAGAAGCGCUACCGCGGCGAGGAGACGCGCUACGACGUGCAGGUGAUCCACACCUACCGCAACCGCUAUCGGCUGGAGCACCGCGAGUUUCUCUGGCUGCCCAACGUCUGCGACUGCCCCCUGCUGGAGCCGGGCCGCCAGUACGUGCUGAUGGUGCGCCGCCACGUCAACUACGAGCAGACGCUGGACCGCAUCCUGCUGGAGGAGGACAGCUACGUGCAGCCCUACCGGCCCCGCGAGCACGCCCUGCUCAAACCCCUGGAGGAGCUCUGCUCCAACCGGGGGCCGCCACAGCAGUCUCAACCGCACCGCAGGGGAUAAACAGAGAGAGAUGGAUGCAAGAAGGCAGGGAGGAAAAGGAGGGAGCGUUGGAGGUUGACAAAACUGACAUGGAGUCAAGACCUGCCCAAGUCCAAACACCAAAACCUUUCACCUUCUCUUUGUUUUGGUUUGACUCUUCUGGCUGCUUAUUAGAGGCAAAGACAAGCAACUGAGAGCAUUGACUGGGCCCGGGACAAAAUCAUCUGAAAGGACCCCCCUCUCAAUACAAACAGUGCAUUGGGGUCCUAAUUCUGGGACCCCCUUUUCCCUGGGCCCAAAACAACUGACCCGUUUGUUGAUCUGUCAGCGGGCCUGCCGAGAAACAUGCAAGCAAAGAUGGAAGGAGGAAGAAGAAGGAGGAAGGGUACAGUAGGUUGAUGUAGGUGAAUAAACUAAGAUCUGCCCACUUUAAAACACAAAAUGACCUUCACCAUCUUUGUUUUGGUUUGAUUUCCAAGACUGGUCAAAGACUCGUGACUCCUGGCUAUCUAGGGAAAAGUUAUUCCCCAGUGUCAGCCCCAGGUGGAUUCACUUACUCUUGUAUCGCUGCCAGACCUCUAAUCCCCUCCAUUAGCCUGCUCGGAGCUUCAUUUUCCACCUCAAACUCUUAACCUCUUUUACUUCGAAAUGGAUGUCUCUCUAUCAGUCCAAAGGGCUUUUUCUAAGCCCCUCCACAAGACUUUAGAGAGUGGCCCAAGAAUAACAGCGAUGCCUUCCCACAUUGAUAUGAAACGUCUUCACCCUUCAUCCUUCACAACUUCGCCAUGCCCCUAAGCAUGGGCACACAGUUGGAGUCGGACUUAUAGGGUUGCUGUUCCGAUUCCUGAUAUCGCCAGUGGCACGCUGUGUGCUGUGGUGUGUUGUGUGUCACAAUGACAUAAGGACUUUUCCCAGUUGGACAUCCACUUUCAUCAAUAGCUCACCACAGGCAGAGCAGUUGAGGUCAGAGUGUGAGAUGAGAGAUGGGGGACUUCGAACAUGCUGAGUGAGAGGACAGGCACAUGAAAGGAGAUCAGUGUUUGGGGGAGCGCUGUGGCGCAGCGCGCUAAGCCCCCCACAUUUGGGCAUGCAUGCCCACCCAUGGUGACCCCGGUUCGAGUCCGGUCAGGGUCAUUUCCCGAUCCUCCCCUGUCUCUCUGUCCCAUUCGCUUCCUGUCACCAUCUUCGACUGUCCUGUCAAAUAAAGGCAUGAAAUGUUUUUAAAAAAGAAAGGAGAUCUGUGUUGCUACAACAAGAGUAAGAGCAAGAGCAUCUAUUGGCAGAUAUUGGGUGGGAACAAUGACUGUGGAUUGAUUAAUAUGCAUUAUAGUAUGUCUAUGGGUGGGUGGGACAGGAGCAGUGUCAAUGGUGACUUGAAGAGACUGCAUGAGAGUUCACCAGGACAACUCAUGUAUCCUGCUCUGCCUUUCUCCUAUCGAUUUACGUGUCUGUUGUCAUUUGAUUGUUUGUUUUCAAUACAGUGAAGCGAAGCACUUUAGGUGAAGGCUUGGAUUCACCUUUAAAAACCAAAGAGAGGACAGUGGACAAUGAGGGGAUGAAUCACAAGUAAAAAACACAAACAAAAAAAGACCACUUGCAGUAUGUAAGAUCUGGAUUCGAGCAAUGUAUGUGUGAGAACACUAUGUGCUCUAUGUAUAUCUUUGUCAUCUACAUCUAAAUCUUUUAAAUGUAAAUCUUUUGACUCAUUGGUUAAGUUCUGCAAAAAAGUACAGCACAGUACAAUCUUUUCUGUGUUCUCUAAGUCUCUGAUGUCUUCCUACGUUAGUUCAGACAGAAGCUUAGGUAAUAUUCAUCAUUUCUGUGUGAUGAUGUGUGACACAAUAGGUCACACCCGACCCUUUGGUACUGGUACUCGAGAUGUACCAGUCUUUUCAUCAGAGAUCUCAUAAUUUCACAGUAGUCAGUUCGGUAAGAGGUUGGACAUUUCAAAGGUGUAAAACAUGACUGAAUUACAAGUUUAAAUCUUGAUUCGCAAAUAAGCUGAAUGCAUUUUUAAAGUUUUUACAACAGGUUCAUGGCAAAUGUUUCUCAUGAUGUAAGAUGUUUUGAAUGAGAAAUAAGUCAUCUGUUUGCCUGAACCUUAAGUUUCUAACUUCAUUCGACCAUGUCCUGUUGUUAUGGCCUAUCCAUAGAGCGCUACAGUCGUACCCCUUAGGGAUUAGGAUUGAAUGGACGGCUCUUUCAGUGGCCUUAAAAUCGGCUCUAUGUCUAUGUGCAUUAAAAAAUGUCACUCAUCAGACACGGCGAGUACAGACCUAGAUUGAGUGAUGAAACAUACUAAGCGUAAGUAGGGUUGAGGGAGUGUGAAAUGCCAAAAUCCUACUUUGUGGUUCACCAUUGCAUUACUUUUUCAUUAUGUCGUUUGUUUUUUGUUUUAUUUAUGUGCCAACAGAAUACAUAGAGAUAUUAUAUAUAUUUGUAUAUUUCUUUUGAUAUUGUAUUUUUGUACGUAUGUGAUAUUUCAUUUUAUAAUCAAAGCAUUGCUAAUGUUAAGAAAUGUAUUUUAAGUUAUUUUGUUGAGUUAUUCCUUUUUAUAUUAAUGCAUUUAUAAUAAUCUAACAUAAUUGUCAUACCGGUACAGUACAAACUGUAUGAACAGUUUGAACUUUUAUAUUGUUUAAUUUGAUCAUUUUGUCAGUGUUGGCAUUUUUUUUCAUUUGCCAAGCUAAAUAAGCAGCAGAAGGUUAAACUCUGCAUUGUUUGUGGUGAAUGAGUCUGGUCUAAGUCUGUUAUUUGAACCAUCAAGCUGGAGGCACUGGCUUGUCCUAAAUUUAAACUGAGUAUGUUUGUCUAGAUAUGACACAUUUGUAAUUGCCAUAUAACCACAUUAAUGGUAUCCAUUGGUCAUCAACAUGUUCAUUAAACAAACAAGUAGCCAUGUUAGCCAGUGUUAGUAUGUGUUCAGGCUGGCAGCUACUGAAGUGAAAAAGCAGCUGAGGAUGCCCAAAGAGCAACACUCUCUUCAGAUCCAGGCAGUCGCUUAUUUAUUAUAUUAUGAAACAUGACCAUAAUGAAUCAUAAUGUUCUUUACAAUUUCAUGGAUGUCAGAAGAUCUACAGUGUCAAAUUCCUUUCUACCGAACCCUGUCAUGACCUGUUAUCAGGAAGUCAAGUAGAUUGUGGAAAGUGACGCAUUCAGCAACAGCUAUCACCAUCUCUUUGAGUAAAUGACUGAAAUUAUUAUGUUUGUAUGUUUGCUGAUGACUGAAUUUAUGUAUUCUUUAAAUGUUAUCCAUUGAUGAUCCUGUGUGUUGAUACUAAUAUCCAUAUGGUUGGUAAUGAUACACCUUACAUAAUA